GGGGGGGGAGGGGCCUCACCGAGACUCGGCGCAGGCGCAGUGGGCGCGGGUCUUGGCGGGCGCAGGCGCAGUGAGUGCGGGCGGCAGCGGCGGUGGCGGCCAUGGACGACGAGGAGGAGACGUACCGUCUGUGGAAGAUUCGCAAAACCAUCAUGCAGCUGUGCCACGACCGUGGCUACCUGGUGACCCAGGACGAGCUGGACCAGACGCUAGAGGAGUUCAAGGCCCAGUUUGGGGACAAGCCCAGUGAAGGGCGGCCGCGGCGCACAGACCUCACGGUGCUGGUGGCUCACAACGAUGACCCCACUGACCAGAUGUUCGUCUUCUUCCCAGAGGAGCCCAAGGUGGGGAUCAAGACCAUCAAGGUGUACUGCCAGCGCAUGCAGGAGGAGAGCAUCACGCGGGCCCUCGUCGUGGUGCAGCAGGGCAUGACGCCCUCCGCCAAGCAGUCCCUGGUCGACAUGGCCCCCAAGUACGUCCUGGAGCAGUUUCUGCAGCAGGAGCUGCUCAUCAACAUCACAGAGCACGAGUUGGUGCCAGAGCAUGUGGUCAUGACUAAGGAGGAGGUAACGGAGCUGCUGGCCCGGUACAAACUCCGAGAGAACCAGCUGCCCAGGAUCCAGGCGGGAGACCCCGUGGCGCGUUACUUCGGGAUAAAGCGGGGCCAGGUGGUGAAGAUCAUCCGGCCCAGUGAGACUGCGGGCAGGUACAUCACCUACCGGCUGGUGCAGUAGCCGCCUGACAGCCCAGAAGUGCACAGUGCGGCUGGGCAGAGAGGGCUGCGGGGUUUGUCUCAGUCCCGUGAGUGAGCCCCACCUGUUACCCGCCCCGGAGGCAGCCCCGCAUCCAGCCUGGGUGUGCCCAGCUCACGUGACAGGUGGGGCGCGUGACUGCCCCUUCUCCCCUGGCCUGUCCCUGGGGGACGGAAAGUUGUGAGCCUAGUGGCUGGCUGCCCUGGGGGAGUCUGCUCCUCCAGGCACCAAGGCUGCCUGCCUCGGGUUUGCCUCUCCUGGUCGCCUGGAUGCUGAGCCCCACUGUGCAUCCCACCUAAUAGUGCCUCAGGAGGGGACAGGAUUCCCCCUUGAGGGCCUGGGUGUGCGUCUCUGGUCGGCCCCUUUCCUCCUGGCCUUCCCGGUCCUUUUCCCCAUCAGCGGUCCUGAUGCUGCCCGUCUGUGGGUGCUCUGAGGGCAGCAGGGAGGGAGAUGAAAACUGGUCUGGAUUUUGAUUGCUGUUAUAUGCUGGGCAUUUUUAAAAAUUAAAGCUAUUUUGAGUAA